AUGAGCAAUGAAGGACCAGUUUUAGUAUACUACAAUUACCAUUCUGUACCCAUACCUCAAGGAAGGAUAGAAAGCCUUAUUAAGCAUAUAGUUGUUAAGUUAAAAGCCGAAUUUGAUAAGAUCUACUUUUGUUGUGACGUUCGAGUGACACCAAAAGAAAUCACCGAUUAUGCAGAGCGUUUUCAGAACGGAGAAAUCGCGCAUAUGUCUCUAUCAGCGAAGAGUUCGAUCGAAGACGCGUUAUGUCAGCGAAUGGUUCGGCAUACCUCAUCCAUCAACGGACCACCAGGCCUUAUUGCACUUGUUUCCGACGCCGGUAAUUAUGGUCCAACAUUAACGGCAUUGGCUCGAAGCGGUUGGCGAAUAGCGAUAUUUCAUCCACCCGAGACCAGUUCGACGUUUCUCGACUACGCUGACGAAUCUUUCACACUACCGAUACAUCGCGACCAAAACGAUGAACAUGGAAUGGCGAAUUUACCGUACGUGCUGAACCUCCAAGCGUUACCACCAACACAAGGAGACUGCGCCAUCACCGCCAUGGCACAGGAUCUCAGACACAAGUGA